AUGAAGUUCUAUUGCUUGCCCAGGCCUGAUGAAGGUGGAUCCACCUCCAUAGGUUCAACAUCGCUCUCCAGAGGAUCUACAUCCAUUGGCUCUGGCUCGCUGCUGCUCUCGAGAAGUCGAGGCUUCUUUGUUGGAGGAGGAUACAUCCUCCUCCACAAGUGCUCCUACAAUGCGAGAGAAGGCUCCCUCUGUAGCUCCUGCUCACAGAUAGGUGCUUCCAUGACAGGAUUUACCGCGUACAUAGCGAACAUAGGCGGCCCUACCACCCCGCAGCGCCAGGUGGCGCUCUUCUGUUGCUGUCGCCGCUCUGCCCUCUGCUCUCUCCCCACUUCCGCCAGGCCCCGGAAGCGGCAGAUGCACGGCGCUAUGGCGUCGGAGGGAAUGGCGCCGGCGGAGCUGCAAGCGGAGGGUGGUACUGACGUGGAGCCGGAAAGCGGCUUUGGGCAGCUGCUGGAAGAAGAAGAGAAGGAUGGAGGUUACGUGCUGUACAGGGACAGGAAAGAGUGGGCAGACAUUGAACCCGUUCCUCAAAAUGACGGUCCGAAUCCCGUGGUUCAGAUCAUCUAUAGUGAAAAAUUUCGAGAUGUCUAUGAUUACUUCCGGGCCGUCCUACAGAAGGAUGAGAGAAGUGAAAGAGCUUUUAAGCUAACAGCAGAUGCCAUUGAAUUAAAUGCUGCAAACUAUACAGUUUGGCAUUUCCGGAGGGUCCUCCUGCAGUCUCUGGGAAAGGAUCUCUAUGAGGAGCUUAAAUAUAUUACAGCAAUAAUUGAAGAUCAACCAAAGAACUACCAAGUCUGGCAUCACAGACGAGUGUUGGUGGAGUGGCUGCAGGAUCCAUCCCAAGAGCUUGAGUUCAUAGCUGACAUUCUUAACCAGGAUGCCAAAAAUUACCAUGCUUGGCAACACAGACAGUGGGUUAUUCAGGAGUUCAAGUUAUGGGGCAAUGAACUGGAAUAUGUAGAUCAGCUUCUAAGGGAAGAUGUGAGAAACAACUCUGUCUGGAACCAAAGAUAUUUUGUAAUUUUCAACACCACCGGCUAUGAUGAUCCAGCAGUUCUGGACAGAGAAGUCCAAUACACUCUUGAAACGAUUACAGCUGUACCACAUAAUGAGAGUGCUUGGAACUAUUUAAAAGGGAUUCUGCAGGAUCGUGGUCUUUCUAAGUAUCCAAAUCUGCUGGAGCAACUGUUGAGUUUACAGCCCAGCCACAGUUCACCUUAUCUGAUUGCCUUUCUUGUGGACAUAUAUGAAGAUAUGCUUGAAAACCAGUGUGAAAACAAGGAAGAAACAUUAAAUAAGGCAUUGGAGCUGUGUGAAAUCCUGGCCAAAGAAAAAGACACUAUCCGAAAAGAAUACUGGAGAUACAUUGGGAGGUCCCUUAAGAACAAGCAUAGCUCCAGCACUGAGCAGAGCACGAUGACGGACAAGCAGCAAUAACUGAACUUGGAAGAAAUAAUGUUAAGCUCUCAGGCUGUGUAGAAAAAUACUCAGUAGGGGACAUCAACUGUUGUAAAAUGCAUCAUAGCAUUCUCCUGGUGAAAGAGGUAUUGCUGCAAUAAAAAGAGGACUGCAUAGUGCUGCAUAGUUUCUUGAGUUGCCUCUACUACUGGCGAUAUCUCUAGAUGUGGCAAAAAAUGAAUUAGAGCUUAAUAAUUUAAAUGUACCAACUAGAGGUAACAACAAAUACAUAAAGCUAUACUUGCUAUUUAUAAAGCACUAAACCAAUUUUUCACACCUACUUUUAUCUACUUGUUGUUUCUAACAGUCAUGUCAGAUGCUACAGUAAUGACUGCAAUUAAUUCUGCGCAUAGGGGAUAUAAAGUAACCUACUUCAGAUUAGUGUACAAGUAGGUGCUGAAGCUGUUUCUUUACGUGAGAGCAGCUAUGCAACACUGGCAGUAUGUACUGUUGUAUGCAAUUAAUGCCAACUGUCAUUUUGUAAUAAAAACAGUUAAAGCAUUUAUCUGAAAUUCUUAGUGAUUUCUUUUUUCAUCUUUGAAUGUUCAUGGUGUGUUCUUCUCAGAUGCCAGUUGAGAUUAAAAAUAGAAUGUCUGCUUUAUGUACAUGGAAAUCUAUGGGUUUUUGUUGAUGGGUUUUUUUUUCUUUUUUGGGGGGUAAGGGGGGUUGUUUUCUUUGUUUUGUUUUUUGGCCCUGGUGUAUUUUUAUCACAGUAAUUUUCAGUGCACUGAAUGUUUUCAAGGUAGGUAGGUUGAAUUCCUGUCUGCACAAUCAAGAAGAAUGCUUUGAAGAUCCUAUAAAAUUUGCUUAGUUUUUUCUUGGAAUUCUGUUCAGACCACUGAAAAUGUGAAGUUUUGUUUUGUUUUCCGUCUUUAUGACCUCAGAUUUCUCUGAUUACAGAUCAGAAAUAAUCAUAAUUAACUGGUUAUGCUAAAUAUCGUCACUGAGCUGGAAGGGGAAAAAAACUUAUAUUGGGGACCUAUUUACAUUACAUUCCUCAAUCUUCUUGUUCCUUUUUUGUGUCUUUUCCAUGCAUUUAUUCAGCCAAUAAGUGAUUUUCCUCACACUUAGGAAAGAUGUUACCUGCAAUACAGAACUGUGAGGGAUGUGAAUACCUGUACAAGAAGCCUGCUGUACCUAUCCUAUUUUCAGUAAAUAGCUGUUGUAAACUUAGCAAAGAGUGCUUGUCUGAUCUGAAAUAUUUUCAUGCAAACAAUUGUAGAGGGAAGAAAUAAAUAAU